ACAACUUCAUCUCCACCGAUACGAGUUUCUACACCAGCGCCAACUUAUCUACCACCAUACGAUCAGGAAAUCCAAGUUUCUCAAGCUCCCGCUUCUUAUGCAUCAAGCAUGGCAUCUGCACCAUCUUAUAUGGCAUAUGCAAGUUCGUACGGUUAUUCAACACCAAGUCCUAUUGCUGGUUACAGUUAUCCAACCCCUGCACCUGCUCCGGCUCCUGCACCUAGUUAUCUUGCUCCGGUUCCUAUACCUAGUUAUCCUGCUCCAGCUCCUGCACCUAGUUAUCCUGCUCCGGUUCCUCCACCUACUUAUCCCUCACCAUCUCCUCCUGUUACUGUUGGUUAUAAUUAUCCUGCCCCAGCACCCUCACCUAGUUAUCCUACACCCACUUAUCCAACACCUACGACUCCUGCAUAUGAUUAUUCUCCAAUAGUUAGACCUACUUAUCCUAGUUAUCCAGCUCCAGCUCCAGCUCCAGCUCCAGCUCCAGCUCCAGCUCCAAGACCAAUAUAUUCUUCACGACCUGGACCACGUUAUCUACCUCCAAUUGCUUAG